GGUGUGUUAUGAGGGCAAAAUGGCCGACAUUGUCAUGUCUUGUUGUAUGUCGGAUCAGGAAAAAGAACAGAAGAGUCGAAGUAAAGAUAUAGACAGACUCAUCGCCAAAGAAAAGGCACAGUUUAGACGGACAAUUAAAAUUCUUUUGCUCGGUGCAGGUGAGAGUGGUAAAAGUACAUUCUUGAAGCAAAUGAGAAUCAUUCAUGGGCAGGACUUUGACGAGGAGUCUAUCAAGGAAUUCAAAAGUGUGAUAUACGGUAACGCAGUCAAGGGUCUGAGAGUUCUUAUAGACGCCCGGGAAAAACUAGGAAUACCCUGGGGUGACGAAGACAAUGCCAGACACGGGACCUUCGUUUUUAGUUACAACACGACCACGAAACUGGAUGAGACAUCGUUUUUGCAGUAUGUAGAACCGAUGAGAAGUCUUUGGCAGGAUAAGGGUAUUCAAGCUGCGUAUGAUAGAAGAAGGGAAUUCCAAUUGGGAGAUUCACUGAAGUACUUCCUGGAUGACUUGAAUCGAGUAGGACAACCAGGCUAUGUGCCAACAAAACUUGAUAUUCUGCAUGCCAGAAAGGCUACUAAAGGAAUCAUUGAGCACACCAUUGACAUCAGUGGUGUACCAUUUCUGUUUGUGGAUGUUGGAGGUCAAAGGUCACAGAGACAAAAAUGGUUUCAAUGCUUCGAGAGCAUUACUUCAAUUCUUUUCCUUGCCUCCUCCAGUGAAUUUGAUCAAGUGCUUUUAGAGGACAGGAAAACAAAUCGGCUUCAGGAGUCGUGUGACAUCUUUGAAACAAUUAUAAACAAUAAGACUUUUUGCAAUGUGUCAAUAAUUCUCUUUUUGAACAAAUUCGACCUUUUAAAAGAGAAAAUCCGACAUGUGAGCAUAAGAGACUACUUCCCCGACUUUCCAGGUGACCCUCAUAAUCUGGAACAUGUACAGAACUUUCUGCUAACAAUGUUCGAUGAGAAGCGAAAAGAUCGCAGUAAACCUCUGUUUCAUCAUUUCACAACUGCCAUAGACACAGAGAAUGUGAAAUUUGUCUUUCAGGCCGUGAAGGACACGAUUCUACAAGAAAACCUCAAGUCCCUCAUGCUUCAGUGAGGGGCUGGAUCUACCUACAAGUGUUGUGAAAAAAGCAAAUCAAAACAAAUGAAUAUAGAUUGCCUGACGGGGGGCACCUGCCUGUGACCCAGGGGGAGCACCUGCUUCUGACUCGGUCCCCUGACGUGAGUGAGGGACUGUCAGACGUACUAAGGUCUUCAUUAGGGGGGACUUGCUUGAUAUAGCUUCAUGUGGCAUGUGUCGUGCAAAAUAUGUGAGCCGUGUAUGUAAGAGAUGGGUAUCACCUUAACUGAUACAAAAUUCUGCAUAUAUCUUUUUCUAGUCUAUCAUUAAGGGAGUUAUAAUUGCUCUGUCAAUAUGCAUGUUGUACAUGUAGUGUGGUGAUCCCGUGUAAUGGUGUUGAAAAUUCUGUCAUUUCAUACUGUAAAAUGCACUGUAUUCAUGUAAAUUUGAGAUAAUAUCAACUAUAAGAAGUUAAAUUACACAUACAUUCACAAUAUAUAUUGACAUGUUCCUUUUAUGGAUUUUUUUCUGUCACCAAAGAUGUACAUUAUUUGUUUUUUCAAGAACACUUUUGUCUAUUUCCUCAUCAACAUAAAAAUUCAGACAAAGAUUCAUGUCAAUUUGUUAUCGGCCAUUUUAUUCACUUCAAGGUCACAUAGAUUUGUUUAUUUUUUUCCUGUAAAGCUUGAUUUAGUUUAAUUUGUUUAUCUUCAGAAGUUCAGAUUCACAGAUUGAAUGUGUUAUCUACCAGUGAUAAUGGUCCUGGGCUAUCACUUUAUAUAUAGUAGUUUCAUUUUGACCAAAUUGUUGAGAUUAUAUUGGCACAAAUCACAUGACAAGAAGUUGUAAUUUCUUUUUAUUUAUGUUGCCCAAUUAUUGGCAACCCAGUAAUAUUAUUGUAUUCAUGUUGACCCAGUCAAAUUUAAGUAUUUUCAAAAAAAAAAUGUAUUGUCAUUUAAGUAAUAUUAUGUAUAGCGUUGCAUUUUAUUGUUUAAUUUUUAAAAGUUGAGAAGCACACCCAGAUGCUUUUAAAACUAAUAUAAUAACAAGGAAAAUAUUUUAUGUAUGAAGAUGUUUACACAAUGAUUUACAUGUAAAGGUUGUAGUGAUUUAUCAAAUGAAAACUGUGCUACAUUUCCUGUAUAUUUGUAACAUUCCUGGCUGACUACUUGCGCUAGGGUUGUGUCCGUGCUCUAUGUAUUCACAAGUCGUAGUAAACACUUGGAUCAAUCAAUGAGACCUUUGAAAUUCAAUACUUUUUUUUCUAAAGAGUUCCUGUAGAAUACUUAUUAUCACUUCCUCCAAAAAACAGGCUUAUUUAGACGACUGUUAAAGUACUUAAGUCUCGACUGUUUUUAAUCAUCAUAUGAAGUAUUUGAUGGUGACUUCCUUGUCUAAGUUUAAGAGGCAUACCAAAAUUCAAUCUCACUUCAUAACCUGAAAAGUAAAUUUCAAGUAUGUAUCACUUUCAUAACUUGAAUGAUUACAAAUGUCAUUGUAAAUGUUGAAAUAAGUGUGUGCGGACCAUUUUAAUGCAUCAAUUAAGUGGAGAUGAUUGUUUGAAAGAUGUUCACAUUUAAUUUUAACUAAUUUCAGGAUUAAUUUAGCUAAGAGAGAGAGAGGGAGAGCAAGAGAGAGGCAAAGAGAGGAAUCAUUUUUAGUAUAUCAUAUAUAUAUUCAGAAAUGUUAAAGCUGUAUUUAUGUGAAUUACAGAAUUCUUAUACUGUAGACGUACUUUUUUCCAUGGGGUCAUAAUUCCGCGGAAUCUCAAUGUCUGUUUAAUCCGCGGGUUGAAAAUUAUGCGGAUUUUUCAGACGGUUACUAUAUGCCUUGCAUUUAUAUUAAGUACGCUUGGACAAAUUUCCGCGGAAAAUUUGUGACCGCGUACAUAGCGUAAUUUAAUACCACGCGGAAAAAAGUACUUCUACAGUAUAUUGAGAAUGGUGAAAGACCCUAACUUUAGGAGGAGAGUUGGUGCAUUGAAUGGAAACUGACCAGCUGAUGGUCAGCUGACUUUUACUCGUAAAGCAGAAAUUUACAAAUGUUCAUUAAGUGCCUCAUUUAUUUCAAUAGUUUUUUUCCCCUAAGAAAUUAUACAUGUUACAUCUUACAAAUGAAUGUUAGAAUGUCUAGUGAUUAUUACGUUUUUCUAAAUGUUUAUGUUUCCAAGUUUAAAAAACGAUGAAUGCAAUAUUGAAGAUGUGUUCUAGAGUAUAAAGGUCUUAACAACUGUUGUAAUAAGUCAACAAUGGAAAAAAUUAUGGCAAGGAGGAGAAUGUUAUGAUGUGUAAUGAUUUGUUUCUAAAUAAGGGACUUAACUGUUACAAAGCGUUAUCGAAUACUACAUUUUCCCUGUGUUGCAAUAUUUUUAUACCUGUUCUAUGAUCAUUUUUAUAGCUUUCACACUCAGUAUUUUAAGAUAGUCAUAUACUUCAUUAUUUUACUUUUUAUUCUUUGGGGAAAUGGUUCAGUAUUUAAUCUUCUGCUGAUAACGAUAUAUGAAUCAUGCUUCUAUUUUACUGUUAUUUCUAUGAGACAAAUUCUAGUUUAUUGUUCUUAUGUACAUUGCGUAGUUAUUAGCAAAUCUUGAUCCCAACUUUGCUCAAUAAUUUUCUAUUUUAUUACUGUACAAUCAGAAUAUAAAACUUCCUUGGUGCAUUUGCUAGUGUCUUAAAGAAAGACCACUCCAGUCUUAAAGAAAGACAACUCCAGGUUUUCACUUUCUUUUACUAACUUGUUUAUUUUCUUUGUAUACUUUGCAUGUUGUGUAAAAGUUAUGC